UGUGGAGUUUGAAUGACAUGCAAAAUAACCAAUCAGUGAUAAGACAGAGUGGCUGGUUGACCAAUCAUGUAGAACGCAUCGCUCAUUUUUAGUUCUUGUAAGGUUUGUCGUCUUCCCUGCUCCUGUAUAAUUGUGUAGCAUUUGAGUCGAAAGAAAUAUGUCUUCUGGGGCCUUAUUUCCAAGUUUGGUGUCUGGGUCACGUGGCUCAUCCAGCAAAUACCUGGUGGAGUUCCGGGCUGGGAAAAUGAGCCUGAAAGGAAGCAUCGUGACCCCUGACAAACGCAAAGGUCAAGUCUACAUUCAACAGACUGACGACUCACUUAUUCACUUCUGCUGGAAGGACAGGACAACUGGGAACGUGGAAGAUGACUUGAUUAUUUUUCCGGAUGACUGUGAGUUCAAGAGAGUCAAUCAGUGCACAACAGGUCGUGUCUACGUGCUGAAGUUUAAAGCAGGUUCCAAGAGGCUCUUCUUUUGGAUGCAGGAGCCCAAAACAGAUAAAGAUGAUGAGCACUGCAGGAAAGUAAAUGAGUACUUGAACAAUCCACCCAUACCUGGUGCCCUUGGUGGUGGAGGCAGCAGUCAUGAGCUUUCUGCUUUAGGAGGUGAAGGUGGUCUGCAGAGUCUUCUGGGUAAUAUGAGUCAUAAUCAAUUAAUGCAGCUGAUUGGACCAACAGGACUUGGUGGACUUGGGGGUCUGGGUGCUUUAGCUGGACCAGGACUUGCCAGUCUGCUGGGAGGCAGUGUUCCAGCAACCAGCAGCUCAUCUUCCAGCUCUCGCAGUCAGUCCACGGCUGUCACUCCUUCCUCCACAUCAGCAGCUACCCGCAUCAGUUCCUCUCAAGUUCCAACCACUCCCACUACCCCCUCUGCAGCCACUGGAGCCUCACCUGUGACCACACCUACCACUCCUGCAGCCCCUGCUCCCUCUGCCGGGGCUACCAGCCCCACCCAGCCUAUCCAGCUCAGCGACCUGCAGAAUAUCCUGGCAACCAUGAACGUUCCUACAGCUGGGCAAGGAGUUGAUCUUGCCAGUGUUUUAACACCAGAGAUCAUGGCACCAAUCCUGGCAAACGCAGAGGUUCAGCAGCGGCUACUUCCCUUCCUUCCAUCUGGAGAGUCUCUUCCCCAGAGCACAGACGAACUCCAUAAUACACUCACCUCACCACAGUUUCAGCAGGCUAUGAGUUUGUUCAGCAGUGCUCUAGCAUCAGGACAGUUAGGCCCCCUGAUGAAUCAGUUCGGGUUGCCCUCAGAAGCUGUAGAUGCAGCAAAUAAAGGAGAUGUAGAAGCAUUUGCCAAGGCUAUGGAAGGUGAAGCUAAAACUGAGCAAGAAGGAAAGCCUAAAGACAAGAAAGAUGAUGAGGAAGACAUGAGCCUUGAUUAGUUCAACCUUGAGUUUUGUGUAUAUUUUAACUUCAUCUCUUUUCUUACAUAUAGCUCCAAAACCAUGACAUCUCUCUAUCCAAUUUAAUUUAGUAAUUCUCUUUACACAUAAUAUACAUGCUGGGGAUGAAAUAAAUAAUCAAAGGCAGGUGACAAAACCA